AUGGGGUACUUCAGUUCUGGAGGUGCCAACGGAGGCAGUGAUAAUGAUUUUGUUGGUCAAUUUGUAGAAAUCGGAAAUAUGAAACUAAGGGUAAAAAAAGUAAUAGCGGAAGGAGGUUUUGCAUUUGUAUUUAUUGCUCAAGAUGUGUCUACAGGCACAGAGUAUGCCUUGAAAAGACUCAUGGCAGCAGAUGAGCAAGCUAACAAAAACAUUAUACAAGAGAUAAGUAUAUUGAAAAAGCUUUCAGGACACCCUAAUGUCAUCAAGUAUAUUGCUGCCUCUUUUAUUGAUAAGUCAAAAACGUCUCACGGCAUGGGGGAGUAUUUGUUAUUAACUGACCUCUGCAGUGGUGGUAGUUUAAUGGAAGCCCUGCAAAAUCGAGGGCAAGCUUUUCCGCUACAAACUAUUUUAAGAGUGUUCUAUCAGACAUGUAGAGCUGUGCAACAUAUGCAUAAUCAAGUCCCGCCAAUUGCACACAGAGAUCUCAAGCUUGAAAAUUUUUUAAUAUCAAAUGAAGGUACUAUAAAACUGUGCGAUUUCGGUUCGGCCACGACUGACGUUUACACCCCGAAUCCCUCUUGGAGCGCCAAUCAGCGAAACAUGCUCGAGGAGAAUCUGGCCCAGUUCACGACCCCAAUGUACAGAGCACCAGAGAUGCUGGACACUUGGGACAACCGAAAGAUCGACCACUCUGUAGACAUAUGGGCGCUCGGGUGCAUACUGUACACUCUGUGUUACAUGCAACACCCCUUCGAGGACUCUGCCAAACUGGCAAUACUGAACGGCAACUACAACUUAAACCCGAACGACCAACGAUACAAAUGUUUCCACGAGAUCAUAAGCGGCUGCCUAACCGUGAAUCCCGACGAGCGACUGACCAUAAGCGGUGUGCUGGAACGGCUCGCGGCUGUAGCGGAGUCUAACAGCGUCAAUCUGAAGCAACCACUGAAAUUUGAGCGUAAAAAAGUUGAACAAUCUGUGGCCACUAGCUCGCCAGCGGGCAAAGACGUAACGCCAAACAGCCAGGAGGCACCGAACUCCCGACCGCCGGAGCCGAGCCGGCCACCGCCGCCGAGCCGGCCGCCCCCCGCCCCCCACCACCAGGCACCCCCACCACAAAUGCCUCCGAAUACCGGCGGUCUAUUCUCCUCUAUAAGAGGUGGGGCGGGCAGUUUUUUGAAGAACCUGAAAGACACCUCCUCCAAAGUCAUGCAGACCGUUCAGCAGUCGAUAGCCAGGACAGAUUUGGACAUAAGCUACAUCACUAGCCGUAUAAUCGUCAUGCCAUAUCCCUCGGAAGGUUUAGAGAGCGCCUAUAAAACCAACCACAUUGAUGACGUUCGAGCGUACCUGGAGAGCCGCCACCCGGGCGGGCGGUACUGCGUGUACAACGCGUGCCGCGGCGCCCGGCUCCACUUCCCGCGGCACGUGCUCGUGGCGGACGCGUGCCGCGCCCUCUGGCCGUCGCCCGCCCACCGCGCGCCGCUCCUGGCGCCGCUGUACGCGCUGCUGCAGCACAUGUACCAGUGCCUGGGCAAGGACGAGCGCUCCGCGGUGGUGAUCACGUGCCAGGACGGGAAACUGGUGUCGUGCAUGGUGCUGUGCGGGCUGCUGCUGUACGCGAAGCUGGUGAGCGUGCCGGAGGACGCCCUGCAGGUCUUCGCGGUGAAGCGGUGCCCAGUGAACGUUCAGCCCUCGCAGCUCCGCUACUUGUACUACUUGAGCAACAUAAUACGACCGGAGCCGAUAUUGCCUCACUUCAGGCCCGUAUCGCUUGUGUCUAUAACGAUACAACCCGUGCCGUUGUUUACGAAAGCGAGGGACGGCUGCCGGCCCUUUAUAGAAAUAUAUAACGAAGAUCGGCUGAUUCUCUCCACGGUCCAAGAGUACGACAGGAUGCAUCUAUACACCAUGGCCGAAGGGAAGGUGACGCUGCCCCUGGACAGCACCGUGGCGGGCGACGUGCUGGUCUGCGCGUACCACGCGCGCCAGCAGCUGGGCCGGGUGCACUCCGUGCCGAUGUUCUCCGUCCAGUUCCACACGGGCUUCCUCGCCUUCGACCAGCACGCCGUCAAGUUCACCAGGACCGAGAUUGAUGGCAUCGAGGAUUCCGGUGGCCCGAAUGAGCACUUUUCGCCCGGCGUGUCGGUGGUUCUGAGCGUGGUGGUGCAAAACGGCGAGCGGCGGAAGCCCCGCUCGGACCUCUGGGAGGAGGACCACUCCUACCCCGUUCGCACUCCGGAUGUCCUCUUCUCCACAACCUUGGAGAGGGACGAGACCAUCGACAACUUCGCCAAUCUCCGAAGAAACACGACAGUCGUGCCCCCUACAAUGACGGCGGACUACUCGUUGAAGGAGCCCGAGAGCAAACCGCCCUCGCGGCCGCUGCCCCCCCGCCCGCAGCCCCCCCAGCCCCCGCGGCGGCCCUCGCCCCCGAGCGGGGGCACGGCCGACUUCCUCAACCUGGCCAACGCCGAGCGCGGGGCGGCGAGGGCGGAGAAGCUGCGGAACGAGGACUCCUUCGACUUCUUCGGAAUGAUGGAGAAGCAGCCCUCGCAGGAGGACAGCUUCGGCGACUUCCUCAGCGGGAAGGCCGCGAACGACGCCCAGCAGUUUCCGACGCAAUCGAUAUUCGGCGAGGGGGGCGCCCCCGCCGCCGCGCCCGCCCCCGCCACCGCCAACCUCAAUUCGAGCGACCCCCUCAACUUCGACCCCUUCGGCCUGAAUGACCCCCUGCCCAAGCAGGAGCCCCUGCUCACCCCACAGCUCGUCAAAGAUGAAGGUCGGUCGCAAAGUGUGCCGCUGGACCAGGCGCAGCCGUCGAACAAGGACCCCUUCGCCGAUUUGGGUCUGCUCGGCUCCAACAUGCCUGCAGCCGCCACCCAAUCUACGGGCUCCAUCGGGGCUCAGCCCGGGUCGAUGCCCCCGCCGGGGUCAAUGGCCCCUCCGGUGUCGAUGCCCCCUCCGAUGGCGGCCCCCAACGCGGCGGGGGGCGGCACUCCGCUGCUGACCCCUCGCGCCUCCCCCGCCCACACCCCCGCGCACCAACCGCACACCCCCGCUCGCUCGCCCGCCCACCAGCCCGACUAUAGCCGGACGCAUUUCGACACCGCCAAAACCCCGGCCGACGACAAGUCAAAGAAGUCCACGGACAUAUUCGGCGAGCUGCUCGGCAGCCAGGGCUACGAUUUCGCGACCAAGCGGGACACAGGGCCGAAGACCAUAAACGCGAUGCGGAAGGAGGAGAUGGUCAAAGAGAUGGACCCAGAGAAGUUGAGGAUACACGAAUGGACCGAGGGAAAGAAGGCGAACAUCCGCGCGCUGCUCUGCUCCCUCCACACGGUGGUGUGGGAGGACUGCCGCUGGAGCCGCUGCGACAUGUCGCAGCUCGUCUCGCCCGCCGACGUGAAGAGGAACUACCGCAAGGCCUGCCUCGCGGUGCACCCCGACAAGCAAAUGGGCACCCCCAAUGAGAACAUAGCGAAGAUGAUCUUCAUGGAACUGAACAAUGCGUGGAGCGACUUCGAAAACGAUGCGAAACAGCAAAACCUCUUUCAGUCU